CCUCUUGUCCGCAGCUCAUUCUCACCGACUCCCAACAUUGCUGCGCCGUCCCCUCCCAGACCCUGAGCAGCGCGCACGCACGAGAGUCGAGAAUCCCCCCCGGGUUUCUUGCUAGCUGUCCGGCCGCCCAUGCCAUGGCGCUGCCGCGCCAGCUCCUCCCUCUCCUCGCGGUCCUCGUCUUCGCGGCGGCGUGCUCCGUGGCGGCGCAGCCGGCCACCGCCGAGGCCGCUCCCGAGAGCACGCCGGGCGCCGGCAUCAAGGUGUCGUUCCGCCCCAGCGUGGCCAUCGUGGUCGGCAUCUUCACCAUGAUCUUCUCCCUCACCUUCCUCCUCCUCAUGUACGCCAAGUUCUGCCACCCGUCCACCACGCCCCUGCCCGCCGCGAUCCCGAUCGCCCCCUCGCCCGGCAAUGACGCUGCCGCGCCGCCGCAGGGCGGCGUCCCCAAGCCGGUGAUCGAGUCGCUGCCCUUCUUCCGCUUCGCCACGCUGCGCGGGGCGCGCCAGGGGAUGGAGUGCUCCGUGUGCCUCGCCCGCUUCGACGACGCCGACCACCUCCGCCUCCUCCCGCGCUGCCGCCACGCCUUCCACCUGGCCUGCGUCGACCGCUGGCUCGAGUCCAACGCCAGCUGCCCGCUCUGCCGAGCGCGCGUCGACGCCGACGACGCCUCGCUCGGCCUCAAGUACCCCUCCAGCGCCCGCAUCGUCUUCGGCGAAGACGGCCUGUCCUCCGGCCGCUUCGACGACGACGCGGCGAGCGGGCGCGACCUCCUCGACAUCUUCGUGGAGCGCGUGCCGUCCGCGAGGUUCGCGGGGGCCGCGGGCCCGAAGCAGGCGGACGAGGAGGCGCCGGCGAGGGCGCCGUCGCCGGAGCUGGACAGGCACAAGCACCGCAUCAUCGUGUCGGACGUGGUGUUCAAGAGCCGGUGGAGCGAGCUCAACUCCGCCGCCCUCAUCGGCCUCGACACCGAGAUGAUGCGCUCCAUGUCCAGCGGCCGCUUCUCCCUCCCGGAUUCCCCGGAGUUCAACGAAGCCAAGCUAUCAACAGGAGCAACAGACGAGGAGGUGGGCGGUGGGGCACCGUCGACGAGAGGGGAGACGACGGAGAGGAAGCGGCUGCUGGUGGACGGCCGAGGCGGCGGGUGGUGCAGCAGGUCCGCGGCGGUUGACGCCGUGCCGGCGGCGGCGUCCGCGGCGUCGAGGAUGAUAUCCUCCGGGGUGCGGUCCAUGUCGGAGAUCGUGAGCCUGCCUCGGCUGCGCGGCGCGGCGAGGGAGCGGCUGUUGGAGGAGGAGAACCGGCGGUGGCUGCCGAUCGCGCGGCGGACGGCGCGGUGGUUCGCCGGCCGCGCCAGGGGGGAGGAGGCCGAGCCGGGAGCGGCGGGUGUCCACGUCGUGGCGGCGCAUGUGUGAAUAGAAUAGAAUCGAUCGAAAAUGCAUUGAAUUUUGGAUGGAACAAAAGUGUAAACAAACAAAGAGUCGAGAACCAGUCGAAGAGGAGAAGUCAAAUGUGAAUUAUUGAGAGGUCAGACGAUGAUGCAAGUUUACAUCAACAACUCAACAAGCAUGCGCCGCA